AUGGAGUCCAAGACAGCCGAUGUCUCGCCGGAGCUGGCCCCGGCCAGUUUCGAGGAAAAGAACGGCCACGGGGGCAGCGCCACGGAGCCCCAGAUCAUCGAGAAGGGGGAGACUGUGCGGGUCGACGAGGAAGAUGAGGAUUUCUCCAGUGACAUGGUGGUCAGCACGGCCCAGGAUCUGGUGACGCACAUCAUCCGCGUCGAGGAUGAUACCUCCCUCAACCCGUGGAGUGUCCGGAUGGUCUUCCUGGGCGCCGGAUUGUCCAUCUUCGGCGGCGUCCUGCAGGAGAUCUUCUACUUCAAGCCCCAAACCAUCUACGUCUCGCAGGUCUUCCUGACCGUCAUCGCCUACGUGCUGGGUGAGGCCAUGGCCUAUGCCAUCCCCCGUCGGGGUCGCAUCGGCCGCCUGCUGAAUCCGGGCCCCUUCAACGCCAAAGAACAUGCCGCCAUCUCACUGAUGUCCUCCGCGGCCACCCAGUCGGCCCUGGCCACCGAGGCCCUGUCGGCCCAGCAGCUGUUCUACGGGGGCUAUCCCAACCACGCGGCCGCCGUCUUCAUCGUCCUCUCCUCCCAGCUCAUCGGCUUCGGCAUUGCCGGCCUGCUGCGCGACGUCCUGGUGCGGCCCACCAAGAUGAUCUGGCCCAUGACCCUCCCCAUCUCCAGUCUGCUGGAGUCGCUGCACAAGGACCGCACCGAGGCCAAGCGCCGCCUCAAGAUCUUCUACAUCUUCUUCUUCGCCCUCUUCUUCUGGACCAUCGUGCCCGAGUACAUCUUCCCCGUCCUGGAGGGCGUGUCCAUCUUCUGCCUGGCCGACCAGCACAGCCUCGUCUUCACCAACCUGUUCGGCGGUGCGUCCGGAAACGAGGGCCUGGGCUUCCUGUCCCUGUGCUUCGAUUGGAACUACAUCGCCUCCCUGGGCUCGCCCCUGUGGUACCCGCUGUACGCCAUGACCAACAACUUCAUCGGCUACCUCGGCUGCAUCGUGCUGUUCAUGGCCGUCUACUACGGCAACAUCUGGCGCUCGCAGGACUUCCCCUUCCUGUCGCAGCUGCUCUACUACGGCGACUCCAACUCCACCUGGUACCACGAGUACAACCAGACCCUGAUCCUCAACUCGGACUUCGUCGUCGACCCCGUCGCCCUGCAGGAGCAGGGGCUCCCCUGGCUGACCGGCACCUACGUCGUCUACCUCAUCACCUCCAACAUGGGCUUGACCGCCACCCUGACCCACAUGCUGCUGUGGAACUGGGAGGACAUCAAGAUCGGCUGGGCCUGGGCCGCCCCCAGCGAGCUGAAGAAGUGGCUGAAGCCCGAGACGUACAAGUUCUGGGCCAACCAGGAGACCCCCGAGGCCCGUCUGCAGCGCCGCAUCAACGACGACACCCUCGACCCGCACUACCGGCUGAUGCUGCGCAAUCUCUACGUCGACACGCCGCUGUGGUGGUGGGGGGCCGUGCUGCUCGGCAGCUUCGCUGUCGGCCUGGGCUGUCUGUACGCCAUGAACUCCACCCUGCCCUGGUGGGGGUUCAUCAUCGGCAACCUCAUCACCCUGCUCUUCAUGCUCUUCUUCGGCGCCCAGUACGGCCUGACGGGCUUCCAGUUCAACGUGCAGCCGAUCUGUCAGAUGUUGGCGGGCUACAUGUUCCCCCGCCGGCCCUUGGCUAACCUCUACUUCACCUGUUUCACCUACAACUCCCUCAAUCAGGGCCAGGUGCUCGCCAAGGAUCUGCGACUGGCCCAGCAGGUGCAUCUGUCCCCGCGAUGCACCUUCUUCGUGCAGGUCCUUGGCUGCAUCAUCGGCGCGCUGUUCAACUAUGUCAUGAUGUUGAUCAUCGUCCAGAACCAGGCCGAAGUGCUCACCUCCAUCGACGGUACCAACAUCUGGAGUGGUGCCAACUUCAAUAGUUUGGCCAUCGCCUGGAGUAUCGCCAAGGACAUGUUCUCUAUCGGGGGUCGCUACCAGUGGGUGACCAUCUCCUACCUGGUCGGCUUCAUCGUCCCCGUUCCCUUCUGGCUCGCCCACCGCUACUACCCCUCGCCCAUCUUCUCCUACCUCAACACCUCCAUCAUCCUGUGGUACUUUGGCUGGCUGUUCGUCGGCAUCAACGCCUCCAUCAUGUCGUACUUCAUCCUGGGCUUUAUCGCCCAGUUCUGGCUGCGGCGCUACUACCCCCACCUGUUCAACAAGUACAACUACAUCAUCUCGGCCGCGCUGGACGGCGGCACCCAGAUCUGUGUAUUUAUUCUGACCUUUGCCGUGUUCGGUGGCAGUGGGACGGAGCAUCCCUUCCCAACCUGGACGGGCAACCCCAACACCGACAUCCACAACCUGGAUUAUUGCAAGGUGAACCCCGCCACCUUGUAA